ACAGGAUACCGGAAGUAGAAUUGACUCAUUGCUAAAACCGCUGUAAGAAUGUAAACAAGAGGAGUUAUGCUAGCUGAUAUCUGCCAUGCUAAUCUGUUUACAACUCGAUUAAACGGAUUUUUGUAAGAAUGAAAAGAGGAAAUGGACAUACACACACGGCCAACGCUAUUUACUGAAAUAGCACAUGGCCUGGGCUUCUGGACGGACCGAUCAGCAUUGCAUGAAGCAGCAGCUCAUGGACGAGCAGCAGAACUUCAGAAGCUCAUUAAAAAUGGAGCGUUGGUCAACACUGUGGCUGUGGACUCCAUAACUCCAUUGCAUGAGGCUUGUAUUCAAGGCCAAACACAGUGCGUACAGCUGCUACUGGAAGCUGGAGCUCAUGUGAACGCACGUAACAUAGACGGGAGCACACCAUUGUGCGAUGCCUGUGCAGCUGGCAGCCAAGAGUGUGUGAAGCUGCUGUUGCAGUACGGAGCCAUGGUGAACCCUCCUCUCUUCACUUUUUCUCCCCUUCAUGAAGCCUGUAUGGGGGGCAACCCCGAGUGCGUUAGGCUCAUGAUAGCGAAAGGAGCUCUCUUGGAGGCUCACGAUUGCCACUUCGGGACUCCCCUUCAUGUGGCUUGUGCCAGGCAGCAUCUAGACUGUGUCAAGAUUCUACUGAAUGCAGGUGCAAACGUAAAUGCUGCAAAGAUUCAUGAGACGGCCCUCCACCAUGCCGCUAAAGCAAACAACCUGGAGAUGAUUGAGCUCUUAAUCGAGUUUGGGGGUAGCGUGUUUUCCAGAGACAACCUUGGCAAAAAGCCAAUCGAUUACGUCAGCCCUGGUUCGGCCACAGCGGUCUGCCUCAAGUUCUACGAAGAUGAACCGCUUAGUCUUCAGCAGUUAAGCAGAGUGGCACUCAGAAGUGCAUUGGGGAAACGAGCACUGGAGGCGGUGCCACAGCUGGGUUUACCCAAUCGGAUGAUCUGCUACCUCACUUACAUGCCCACUCCGCCUCAUGAACUCCUAACAAGAGCACAAGUCGAGCUGACCGACCGAAGCUGACCGACUGUCUGGAAAUAUAUUAUACGUACGUCCCAGAUGACGUACUGUACACUAUGCACUUACACUUUAUCGUCUAGUGUAUACAAUUUAAAAGGGUAGUAUCUUACCAAACGGAACACUAACAUUUUUACUGACCAGAAGUAUAAGCUGUUUCCCCAGUCGAUGGCAAAAAGACACAAAAACACAUGAAAAUGUAUGUAAACGCAUGUUUAAUUGCAAAUGCAAAUUUUGCAAAAAUAAAUCACACAGUAUGAGCUCUUUUAAAAGACUAUUCUGCUAUAGAACUAAAGCUGCUUCUGUUAAGAAUGUCAGAGAAUAGUGCAUAAGUAUGCAGUUUGGGAUGCACUUCUUAGUACAGCAGUGUAUAAAUAAGGCUCAAUUCAUGCGCAGAUCGAAAUUCAACAGUUCUUCUUUUGCGCUGGCUGAACAAGAAAAUCGGCUCACAAACUCUCAAUGUAUGUAGUAUUUAUUUGUUGGAUGUAUUUACAUUUACAUUCUCAUCUGUAUACAGUUUAGUGUGUAUUGUAAAUUGUAUGUUUGUAAUCUAGAUUUCAUCUUAACAUGUAUCGUACACAUUCUGCUCCCAAGAUCAAAAAGUCUAGAAAUGAUUAUCACUCUGUAUUUGUUUAAAGUUAAAAAGUCUUAAGAGUGUCAGUGAUGCCAAGUGUCAUAAAACUGGUAGUGAGGAAAAAAUA